UGCAAAAGGAGCAGCAUGGAGGCCGAGCUGGUUCGGCUGGAGGCGCUCCGCGACUCGUCGCGCGACCUCGUCGCGUACCUCGAGAGCGCCCGCGAGCAGUUUGACGCGAUCCAAGAAGAGAACGAGAAGGCCUUGCGCAUCAUGGAGAACUGGCACGCUGUCUUUGCAAUCGCGAACGGCGUUGCCAGAAUACAGAGCGCGUCCGAGACGUCGGGCGGCUUCUCGAGCGUGCCUGCGACGCCGUAAGACCGUCCAUCCACCUCCAUCCAACCACGCUAGAGGACGCAUUGCAUGUUGCAGAGCUCGCAGCAGGUGCAGCCAAGGUCGACACGCCAUCUUUCGACACUAGCACGCCAACCACCCAAAAUGCAAAUGGUAUACGUACAUCGUG